CAAAAAACAGCGGGAAGAAGGAGUCUGCAGCAUCAGACCGCAUCAGAUGUCCUCAGCCACGGCAGCGGCCGUGACUUCAUCUUCUGGCGCAGCUGCAUUCGAUGACUGGAUAGCGUCGUCGACAUCCACCACGACGCAGCCAUGCACAGAGGCAGCAACAACAAGCCGCAGCAAGACCAACGAGCACCAUCCACACGGCCAUGCCCACUCCCGUGCGCGUCCCGCCCUCCCCCAUCCGCCCCCUGACGAUGCCGAUGACCAUCACCACUACGUCGCUCACAAGGUGACCGAGUUCCCCGAGUUCGAUGAGCAGGAAGAGGUCAAGGUGUUCGACGGGCAGAUCAAGUCCCAGCAGCACGACAUCACCCUCACCAAGGACGGCUACUACACCAUCUCGGUGACCAACAGGAACGAGGCCGUCUGGGACAGCCUGUGGCUCGGCAUUCAGCACAUCGCCGUCAGGAAUGAGUACGAGCUCGUCAGGAAGACCACCGAGGCAGCAAGCCCCAUGCUGCCCAAGAGCCGGCUGGGCGGGGAGGGGCCCGGGGCGCUCGCCUCCCCCCUCGCCACGCAGAGCACCCCUUCCGCCCCCGCCCCUUCCCCACCCAAGAAGGACCGCCGCGGCCGGCAGGACAAGAAGGCCGAAGGCAAGGCCGACACGCCCACGCCAAACCACACGUCCGUCCUCAAGGGGGCAGUGGAGGUGCGGGCCAACCAGACCCGGACGACGUCCUUCUACGCGACCGAGGGCACGGUGCUCAAGAUGAAUGUCUUCGCCAAGGCGGCGGCAGGCUUCGGCGUCAAGGGCGACUACUCACUCAUAUAUGGGGGCGCGCCGCGGCUGCUGCCCAACAACCCCGUGGCGCCGUUUCUGCGGAAGGCUGGGAUUCUGGUGCUUGAUGGGGGCGGCGUGCUGGGUAUCUCGUCGCUGAAGAUCCUGGAGAGGCUGGAGAAGGAGCUGCAGAAGGAGAUGGGGAGCGACACGGUGCAGCUCGUCGACUGCUUCGACAUGAUCGUCGGCACCAGCACCGGAGGCAUCAUCACUCUGGGACUGCUUGCCGGUACGUGGAGUAAGAGAGAAAGAGAGAGCAGAGGACACACGAAGUAUGUGUGUGUGUGUGUUGGUUGUGAUUGGUGUGUGUCAAUAGGCCGCUCCAUCCAGGACAUGACGGACAUGUGGGGCACGGUGAGCAGCAAGAUCUUCGACGGCUCCCGCACCCUCUUCUCCGGGCUCUUCUUCGAGGGGUACGACAUCAGCCGCAUGAAGAACGUCCUCAUGGACAACCUGGGCAACAGGUUCCUCGACACAUACGGGCCGCCCCUCUGCUUCGUCACCUCCACGGACGUCAAGCACCAGCCCUACCAGCUGUUUCUGCUGCGCAACUACCAGCACAAGCACUACUCGCGCCACGAGUACCGCGGCAGCAGCCACUUCCCCCUCUGGGCCGCUGCGUGGGCAACCAGCUCGGCACCCACAUACCUCAAGGGCCCGACAGCAGAGGAACUGGAGGCCAUGGGCAUACACAUCGAGCCGCAGGUGAGCCAGGGAGGGAGGGAGGGAGGGAGGGAGAUGACCUUUUCUCUCUGUUUGUGGGUGGAUCGGUGCGUAUCGGCGGUGUUUGUGUGUGUGGUUGGUCAUGAAUGGCAUGGUCAGGUUCAUUUGGUGGACGGUGCGAUGAAGGCCAACAACCCUGCGUUUGUGGCGCUGGAGGAGUGCGCGAGGCUGUGCGGCAAGCAGCUGAGCCACUUCAUAGAGGAGGACCUCGACAUACUCGUCUCCAUCGGCACCGGACAGCCAGGCAUGAAACUCACACAGGGGGAAAGCGCCAAAAACACUCAGGUAAAGCGGGGGUGGGCGGGCGACACAGAGAGAGAGAGAAAGAAGUCACGGAGGUUUGCGUGUUGUGUUGUGUUUGUUCAGGCGAGCACGUUUCAGAUAGUGAUGAACAGCAGCCACCUGCUGACGUCGAGCACCAAUGUGCACCGAGAGGUGCUGCACUGGCUGGCCGACCAGGACGACAUGUACUUCAGGUUCAACGUCCCCGGCAUCGGUGACAUCCCGCUCGACUCAUCAGACAAAAGGUAUCAAGAAUCCUUGAUACAUACCACAUCAACACACGAAUGACGACUCUCUCUCUCUCUCUCUGUGUGUGUGGACAUAUCAGGCACAUCGACUUGAUUCGGAAGGCCACGGUGGAGUACAUAUUGGACGAGAAGUUCUACGACGUCAAGCGACUGGCCCGAAGGCUCGCGAACCGACUACUCGCCAGGGCUUCCGCAUCCAUUCUCUAGGCCCUGCCUAAACCACCAUGGUAGGCAGCACAGCACAGCACAGCACACAUAGGGCGGGAUCUUGCACAAGAGUGAGUUGUGAGUGUGUUGUGUGAUGUGGUGGAUGCAGCGAGCUGAGGCGAAGGCGCGUGUUGCCUUGGGGGCGUUUUGCGACAUGAAGUUGAGAUGUGUAUCUAUCUAUCUGUCCACCUUUUUGGGUCAAGACGGUCUCGCGUUGGUUCCCUCGUCCAUUCAUUCAUUGUGGGCUGGUGGCUGCUGCCGAGCCGACCCAUGUACAGACUGACGG